AUCCCGCCCCGCCCCGCCCGCGCGGCGCAAACAUGGCGGCGGCUGGCACCGGCCGGUGAGGCGGUACCCGGCGGGGGCUGUUGGGUGUCAUGGGCGGUGACGGCGGCACCGCCCCCGCGUCUCCCUGAGCGGGACGGCAGGGGUUCCUCUGCACCGAGCCGGGCGAUGGACGGGAGCGGAGAGCUGGGCGGUCUGGAGACCAUGGAGACGCUCACGGAGCUGGGCGACGAGCUGACCCUGGGGGACAUCGACGAGAUGCUGCAGUUUGUCAGCAAUCAAGUGGGAGAGUUCCCUGACUUGUUCUCAGAGCAGCUGUGCAGCUCCUUCCCUGGCGGCGGUGGAAGUGGCAACAGCGGCAGCAGCAAUGGCGGCAGCAGCGGUGGCGGAGCCGGAGCCGGGGACCCCUCGGUGCAGCGGUCCUUCAGCCAGGUCCCGUUACCUUCCUUCUCGCCCUCGGCUACCUCCCCCCAGGCUCCAGCCCUACAAGUCAAGGCUCCCCCCACCGCGGUUCCCCCUCCGCCAAGGGCAACUCCCGUUCUUCAGCCCCGCCCCCAGCCCCAGCCCCAGCCUCCAGCUCAGCUGCAGCAGCAGACAGUAAUGAUCACCCCGACAUUCAGCACCGCUCCCCAGACGAGGAUCAUCCAGCAGCCUUUGAUAUACCAGAAUGCAGCUACCAGCUUUCAAGUCCUUCAGCCUCAAGUCCAAAGCCUAGUGACAUCCUCCCAGGUGCAGCCGGUCACCAUCCAGCAGCAGGUGCAGACGGUGCAGGCCCAGCGGGUGCUGACGCAGACAGCCAAUGGCACGCUGCAGACCCUCGCCCCGGCCACGGUGCAGACAGUUGCUGCGCCCCAGGUGCAGCAGGUCCCGGUCCUGGUACAGCCUCAGAUCAUCAAGACAGAUUCCCUUGUUUUGACCACACUGAAGACAGAUGGCAGCCCUGUGAUGGCCGCAGUCCAGAACCCAGCCCUCACUGCCCUCACCACCCCCAUCCAGACAGCUGCCCUUCAAGUUCCGACCCUGGUGGGCAGCAAUGGGACCAUUCUGACCACAAUGCCUGUGAUGAUGGGACAAGAGAAAGUGCCCAUUAAGCAGGUACCUGGGGGAGUCAAGCAGCUCGAGCCCCCCAAGGAAGGAGAAAGGCGGACGACACACAACAUCAUUGAGAAGCGGUAUCGCUCCUCCAUCAAUGACAAAAUCAUUGAGUUGAAGGACCUGGUCAUGGGGACAGAUGCCAAGAUGCACAAGUCUGGUGUUCUGAGGAAGGCCAUUGACUACAUCAAAUACUUGCAGCAGGUCAAUCAUAAACUGCGCCAGGAGAACAUGGUGCUGAAACUGGCAAAUCAGAAGAACAAGCUCUUGAAGGGCAUUGACCUAGGCAGCCUGGUGGACAAUGAUGUGGACCUGAAGAUCGAUGACUUUAAUCAGAAUGUCCUUCUGAUGUCGCCUCCGGCCUCCGACUCAGGGUCCCAGGCAGGCUUCUCCCCCUACUCCAUCGACUCUGAGCCAGGAAGCCCUCUACUGGAUGAUGCAAAGGUCAAAGAUGAGCCAGACUCUCCUCCUGUAGCCCUUGGCAUGGUGGACCGCUCGCGAAUCCUGCUGUGUGUCCUCACCUUCCUGUGCCUCUCCUUUAACCCCCUGACCGCCCUGCUGCAAUGGGGAGGGGCCCACGACUCGGACCAGCAUCCACACUCAGGCUCUGGCCGCAGCAUGCUGUCACUCGAGUCAGGCUCUGUGGGCUGGCUGGGCUGGAUGAUGCCGACGCUGCUCCUGUGGCUGGUGAACGGUGUGAUUGUCCUGAGUGUCUUCGUGAAGCUGCUGGUCCAUGGGGAGCCAGUGGUCCGGCCGCAUUCGCGCUCCUCGGUCACCUUCUGGAGGCACCGGAAGCAGGCAGACCUGGACCUGGCCCGGGGGGAUUUUGCAGCUGCCGCUGCCAACCUGCAAACCUGCCUGUCGGUGUUGGGCCGGGCACUGCCCACCUCCCGCCUGGACCUGGCCUGCAGCCUCUCCUGGAACGUGAUCCGCUACAGCCUGCAGAAGCUGCGCCUGGUGCGCUGGCUGCUCAAGAAGGUCUUCCAGCACCGGCGGGCCACCCUGGCCACCGCCGCAGGCUUCGAGGAGGAAGCUAAGACCAGCGCCCGGGAUGCAGCCCUGGCCUAUCACAGGCUGCACCAGCUGCACAUCACAGGCAAGCUUCCUGUGGGAUCCGCCUGUUCAGAUGUACACAUGGCUUUGUGCGCUGUGAACCUGGCUGAAUGUGCAGAGGAGAAAAUCCCCCCGAGCACGCUGGUUGAGAUCCAUCUCACGGCCGCCAUGGGGCUCAAGACCCGGUGUGGAGGCAAGCUGGGCUUCCUGGCGAGCUACUUCCUCAGUCGCGCCCAGAGCCUGUGUGGCCCCGAGCGCAGCGCUGUUCCCGACUCGCUGCGCUGGCUCUGCCACCCGCUGGGCCAGAAGUUUUUCAUGGAGCGGAGCUGGUCCGUGAAGUCGGCUGCCAAGGAGAGUCUGUACUGCGCCCAGAGGAACCCAGCUGACCCCAUCGCCCAGGUGCACCAGGCCUUCUGCAGGAACCUGCUGGAGCGAGCUGUGGAGUCCUUGGUGAAACCUCAGGCCAAGAAGAAAGCUGCAGACCAGGAAGAGGAGAGCAGUGAAUUCUCCAGUGCUCUGGAGUACCUGAAAUUACUUAAUUCUUUUGUGGACUCUGUGGGGAUUGUGACCGCCCCCUUCUCCAGCAGCUGCGUGCUCAAGUCAGCCCUUGGCCCAGACGUUGUCUGUCGGUGGUGGACGUCCGCGAUCACCAUGGCCAUCAGCUGGCUCCAGGGAGACGACGCAGCUGUGCGCGCUCACUGUACCGAAGUGGAGCGUGUUCCCAAGGCCCUGGAAGCGACAGAGAGCCCCCUGGUGAAGGCCGUCUUCCACACCUGCAGAGCUAUGCACGCCUCACUCUCCGGGAAGGCGGACGGGCAGCAGAGUUCCUUCUGCCACUGUGAGAGGGCCAGUGGCCACCUGUGGAGCAGCCUCAACGUCAGUGGGGCCGCCUGCGACCCAGCCCUCAGCCAUGUGGUCCAGCUGCUGACCUGUGACCUGCUCCUGUCACUGCGGACAGCACUCUGGCAGAAACAAGCAGGAGCCAGCCAGGCCCUGGGUGAGACCUACCACGCGUCGGGCGCUGAGCUGGCUGGCUUCCAGCGGGACCUGGGCAGCCUGCGCAGGCUGGCACAUAGCUUCCGCCCGGCCUACCGCAAGGUGUUCCUGCAUGAAGCCACCGUGCGUUUGAUGGCGGGGGCCAGCCCCACCCGUACACACCAGCUGCUGGAGCACAGCCUGCGACGGCGCAACACUCAGAACGCCAAGCACGGAGAGGCGGACGCCUGGCCCGGCCAGCGAGAGCGGGCCACCGCCAUCCUGCUGGCCUGCCGCCACCUGCCCCUCUCCUUCCUCUCCUCCCCGGGCCAGCGGGCGGUGCUGCUGGCCGAGGCCGCCCGCACCCUGGAGAAGGUGGGCGACCGGCGUUCAUGCAGCGACUGCCAGCAGAUGAUUGUCAAGCUGGGGGGCGGCACUGCCAUCGCCGCCUCCUGACCCCCGGGCUCUGCCCACCUCGGCCACCACUUCCCUCUGUCUCUCAGUCUCUCUCUCCCUCCUCCCUCUUGUCUGUGUUCCUCCCCCUCCUCCUCUGCCUCCCAGUCUCUCCCUCCUCCCUCUGGGAGCUGUGGGAUGAGCCGUGGCUUCUGAGUUGUCACCUGCCAAGGCUUUUGGACCACCUCAGACUAGUGGGCCCCUUGGGCAGAGCCCCUUUAAGCUACUGUGGAUAGAUGCCCACAGUCCAGGCCCCAGUGGGCCUGAGAGAGGAAAGUCAGGGCGGGCAGGAAUUGGGGGCACCCUGACUUGGAAGCGGCAGGGGGAGCUCCGAAGCUGCCCGGCCCCACCUCCAGCCCUCCCAAGACACUCUCUCCUGUGAACAUCUCUCCCCGCCAUUUCCUGCUUCCUUGUUUUUUAUCAGGCUUUCCCUCUGGGGGACUUAGGUCUCUGGGCACCAGAGCGCUUCACCCUUGGCACUGUGCCCAGCACGCCCCCCCCCUUUUUAUACGAAUGUUUUUAUAUCAGUGUGCUUGGGGUUGCCGUGAUGCAGGGCUAAGUUGCUGUGGCAUUUUUCUUUCUCUCCCUGGGUCUGCGUCCUCUCCCCUGUGCCUAACAAAGCCAGUGCAUUGUUUUCUCUUUACUACACAGGACAGCCAGGGAAGGAGGGAGCCCAGCCCUUGGGAGGUGGGUGGGAGGUAGGGGGCAGACCUGGGGAUGGGUGAAAUAAUGUCGGCAUAAUUUUUUAAUUUUUUAAAAAAUAAACGGUAUCUUAUUUAAGUGUCCUGUUCCUUCCCACUCCCCCGCCCCCUGGGAUGUCAGCCCAACCUUGGGUUAGUCCCAGGGGGUUGGGAAAGAUGAAGCUACCCAUUAAGGACUGGGGACCAGGGGCCUUCAGUAUGGGUUCUCAGCUCCCUCUCAUCCCAACUCCUACCUCCAUAGUCUGUUUUUUAUCCCUAAUUCUUGACCUGAAAAUAAGCCAGGGUGGCAGGGACCAGACCCCAACCCCUCCCCAGUGACAAGCCCCUUUUCAGGGUGGGCACUAGGAAUGAAGCCCCUUUCCUUGAGGGGGGCCCUGGAAGGAAAAGUGAUCCCACUCUUCUGGAUCCCUUGGCUUGGUGCCUACCCGGACGCCAUUUCUCCUGGGACCCGAGGGCUGCCUGGUACCCCGGGGCCUGCUGGGAGGCUGAGAGGGGCUGCCCUCCCUCCCUCCCCGUGCUUCUCACCCGCUCAGGCUGGUUGGGGCAGAAAUUGGGCCGGGACCCUAGCACAGAUGGGGGUACACACAGCAGGGAGGGGCUCCUCUGAUGCCAAGUGCAGGCUGGAACAGUCAGCUUGGACCUCACCCACUUUUUCUCUCCUGCCCACCUGCCUCCCCCCCACUGUAAUUUAUGGCCCCUGCCCACUGGGUGAGCUAGCCUUUGUGUCAUGUGUAUAUACUGUGCCUUUUCUCAUUCUUGUUUAGGGGUGGGAGGGGGUGGUUUUUCACUGAACAGGGGGAUACACCUAUGGCUUCCUUGAUGUGGAAUCAUUCACUGUGUCCUGGAUGUAGGUUAUUGAAUAAACACAGAUUGGUACCACCCA